AUGCCUACAACCCAUUCAAGCCAUCAAGCCAGACCCUCACAUCUGCCUGAUGGAACCCUGGCACGCAAUGUGACAAAGACCAGAAUGCCCCCCGAACAUCCCAAACCCCACUGCCAUGCAGGCCCCAAGUCUGUUGUCAGCAACAAAAACCGAGAAGAGAUGUCCACCUACAACAAUUCUGAAGCUGAUACUGACGGGGUAGCUACGGAUGGUGAUGAGGAAUCAGGCAAGCCCCUUUCAUUUGCUCCUGCCCCUGUCCACAAUUCAGUAGUUGUCACAGUAGGUGACAAGAACACUCCAGUCUCCACUGCUCAAAGCCAAUCAGACAAGCCAAAGAAUGCCACCAAUGUUUGCAAGGAUACAUCAGUUUUUAGUGUCUACUGCCCAAAGUCAGAUGCCACCAAGACAACACCUACCACAGUCGAUAAAGCUCUGAAUCAACACCACUCAGGAGAUGUCACAGCAGGCGACAAGGACACUUCAGUGAAAGCAUUAGGGAUAGAAUAUGGCAAAAGUGCAAGGGUGAUCCUCAUUGAGGCAGGGCUGGCCACAAAGGCAAUGUGCAAGGAGUCUCCUUGGAAUCAGCACCAAACAUGGUUCAAGACUUUUAGCCCCCCUCUCAAGAAUGAUAUCAAAGCUUGGAAGGAGGAGCAAGCAGCACACUACAAGGCCCAUCUGUACAAAGACCCCAAACACACAGCAUUGUGGCAGAAGAUUCAGGAGUAUUGGGAUGGUUCACUUGCUGCGGCUGGUUACUGGUACCACACCCAUGGUAUUCAUAUUUCUGGUGUUGCAAUAUUUCCUGGUCAUGAGGAUGCUGGCUGCCAAGCAUCAGGGUACAAAGACUUAGAGGCUGCACAAGCAGAAGGGAUAUCUUUUAGUUUUCUCCCUCACUCUACCGCUGUCCCAAAUGGCAUGCUUUUGUGCAAUGGCAAGUCUGCUAGGGACAGGAACAGAAAAGUUGCACCAAUGAUCAUCAGUGAGAAGUUUGCUGAAGCUGGCCAUCUGCUCAAAACCUCAAACAACAGGUGGUUGGACAUGCUCAAUACUCUUUAUUGUACUGCCCCCCAGCCCGAUUUUGAUCUCAAAGCGUUGUCAGCGAGCCAGUUGCAUGCACUGGUAGUUCCUUACCUGAGGAUGCAUCUUGGGGCAAUGUACGAGGUUGACUUAGGUCAAGAUGAUGAGGAUGAUGAUAGUGAGGCAGAAACUGCGAAGACAAAGAAGUGUAAGGGUAAAUCCAAGAAGUCGAAUGACAACAGAAGGACGAAGGGUACAAUAGUAGAGGAGCCAGAUGUUGUGUUGUCCAUUAGAGAGUGGUCUGAGUUCUCCCUCAAUGUAUUCAAUCCCUUGGUCAUUGACACAAAUGGUGAGGUCCUCUGUGAGCUUCAGGACUUGGUCAAGUUUUUCAAGGACUUCCCCCUCCCAGAUCAAGCUAGUACCAAGCAGGUAACUGAAGAGCUCCCUUCAUCUGACCAAGAAGCUGUGCACUUGACUCCAGUAGCUUCGUGCCCAACCCAAGGGAGGGCUUUGCACCCAACCCAGGUGGCUUUGCGCCCAACCAAAGUAGCUCUGCACCCAACCCAGGCAAUCUCACCAGGAAGCUUCAUGCUUGCCUCAGCCCACUCACUGGAAACUUUGUCAGGGUCUUCCACCCUUGUCUCCUCUGCUAACACCAUCAACAAUUAUACUCGCAAGCAGACGCAGGACAACUAUGAAACUGCAUGUGAGGCUGGUGACUUGGAGAAUGAGAUGAUAGUGGAAAGGUACCAUGCCAGGUUGCAAGGUAAUAAUCACCAUAUCCCAUCUGGUUGUCCUCAGUCACACCCACCUCCACCAAUUGCCAGCACCUCCUGUUCUCAGUUGCCAGCAUGUUCCUCACAUGCACCUGUCUCUCGCCAUUCUGGUUCCUCUCUGCACCAUCAUCAUCCAUGUGCCCAAUCUCCUUAUUUCCACCCUGCAUCUCCUGAUCGCUGUCCAAUCAUCGACGUCGAUGAGGUGGACGAAGAUGAGUAUAACUAA